AUGGGGUUCGUGGCAGCGUGCUCGUGCCUGCUGGUGUGGGCGGCCGGCGCUCUCGUCGCCGGGCCGCCGCCACUGCCGCUCAUCGGCAACCUCCUCAGCUUCCGUAAGCUGCCCGUGCUCGUGGGGCAGCUCAGGGCCCUGCAGCGUGCCUACGGGAACGUGUUCAGGUUUUACAUGGGGCCCAAGCUAUUCAUGGUGGUGACACAACCCGACGAUGUUCAAAAGAUACUAACGACCAGCUGGCAGCGCGAACGCGAUCCGUACUUCAUACGCCCACUGAGGGUCUUCGUUGGCGAGGGCCUACUUACCAGCAAGGGAGACGUCUGGAGAAACCACCGCAAGAUCAUUGAGCCCACAUUCCACACCGAGGUGCUGAGCCGGUUCGUCGACUCAUUCAAUGAAGGCGCCAGGUUCACGUGCGAAAAGCUGGCGGCGGCUGCCGGGGCCGAGGUUGACGUAUACGGCCCACUGUUCCAUGCGGCCUUGCGGACCUUCACCUCGACCAUCGUCGGCAUCCAGCUGGACGAGUUAGAGCCAGACCGGCUCAAACAGGCCGAGAUCGCCGACGAGGUGAAAGACGGCCUGCAGACCAUACAGAAGAGAAUUUUCCGUCCCUGGAUGCAAAUGGAAUGGGUCGUUUCAAUGACGCCGGAAGGUCGUGCUUUCAGAAGACAAAUUGGUCUGAUAAAUGGAUUAGUGGGACAGAUAAUAAAUAUGGCGAAGAAGAAAAGAAAUGGGACGAUGCUGUACAAGAGGAGCUCUCUGAUGGACGUCCUGUUGGAUCGUCGAAGAGACAUGGAGAUAUCAGAAGGAGAAGUUCAUGAAGAGGUGUGCACGUUUGCACUGGCGAGCACAGAAACGACGGCAGCGGCAACCGGUUUCACGCUGUCUCUGCUGGCCUUGCACCCGGUGUGGCAGGACGCGGUGCACCGGGAACUGGCCGAGGUCUUCGGCACAGGAGAAGGCCGCUUCAGGCCGUCCACUGCAGCAGACAUCGCCCGUCUCGCAGUGCUGGACUGCGUCGUAAAGGAGACGCUGCGGCUGUUCCCCAUAGUGCCGAACCUGCCGCACCUGGUAUCUGAGGACACGCCGCUGGACGGCGGCCGCUGCGUGGCGCCGCGGGGCGCGUGCGUGCUCGUCGCGCUCAGCCUGCUGCACCGCCAGCCGGACUCGUUUCCCGAGCCGGACCGCUUCGACCCCGGGCGCUUCCUCAAGGGCGGCAGCAGCGCUGACAGGCACCCGUACAGCUACCUGCCGUUCGGCACCGGCUCCCGCAAGUGCGUGGGCGGGAGGUUCGCGCUGCUGCAGAUGAAGACGCUGCUGGCGGCCGUGUUGCGGCGCUUCCACGUGCUGCCCGGCUCCAGCAGGCAGCAGCUGGAAGAGGUGGCGCUCUCCAUCACGGGGCAGCCCAUCUCGGGUCUCAGGGUCGCGUUUGUGCCCCGGCACACCCCGUCGCCUGCCGCGGCACGUUCGUGAAGCACUGCGGACAGCAAUAAAUUACGUCAACGUCGGGGCGCAUUCUGUCUGGUAAACUAUUCAGACGAUGUGCUUCUUUCUGUGACGAAGACCGUCGCUUCACAUGUUUUCAGCAAUGCGCGUACGUACAAGUACGCAGUGUUUCAUGUACAUUCAUCCUAUUUCAAAUGUCUGUAUCCUUUACGCUACUGAAGAAAGAAAUGGGGGUAAUUUUAACUUAUUUUCAAAAGAAACAUCCAAUAUUAGAAAGAAAAAAACUUCCUAAUGUUUUUCAAAAUUAUAUUUACUUUGUCGCGAACCGGCUUUUGGCUUCCUGGGCCAUCUUUAGUUGACAACUGACUGUGGCAAACACAGAUAUACAUUAUGUGCGACUUCCACAGAUAUUAUUUGUACAGAAGAUAAAAAUAAUGACAAAAUGUUUACAUAGAGAAAUAUUACAAUAAUUACAUUCACUAAUUAACUAAUUAAAUAGCUUCUCUCAGGGGCAACUCUCGAAUCGCAUAUUACUUCCAAAUUCUGUUCAAAAUGUUCAAAUGUGUGUGAAAUCUUAUGGGACUUAACUGCUAAGGUCAUCAGUCCUUAAGCUUACACACUACUUAACCUAACUUAUCCUAAGGAUAAACACACACACCCAUGCGCGAGGGAGGACUCGAACCUACGCCGGGACCAGCCUCACAGUCCAUGACUGUAGCGCCUGAGACCGCUCGGCUAAUCCCGCGCGGCUCCAACUUCUGAAUCAUGUUCUUCAAUACCAGUGGGGAAAGAGGAUCUCUCCGUUUUCUUUUAAUGCGUCAAUAUUCGCGAAGAGCAGCACCACUUUUGCUGUUGUUUUGAUAAAACAGCUUUACGAGUAAGGUCCUGCUCAUCUUGUCCACAACCAUGUCAACUAUCUGCAACUGUAAUGCACACUGAUGCAUAUGUUUCAACCCUACGUAGCAGUACUGGUUAUCAUCACAAUCAUCACGACAUUAACACUACCAACAACGCAAAUCCUGCAGCUCAUAGUCUGAACAUUAUUCCUAUGAAAUUUUGUAUCUAUACGAUAAAUAGCUUAGGAUUCCCUCUAGACUGGCUCAAGUAGUGAAAGUUUGAUUACUGCCACUCUUUACAUCCUUCAUGCAGUGUAUUGUUUACGUUUACGCGCUUACAUGUGCGACGAGAUUUCUUUUUUCCAGCAUCCGAUCGGUAGCGAUAAUUUCACAGUGAAGAAUCCGGUGAAGCUUUGCGCAGAUGUGUUGCGCAGUUUCUCUAGUAUGACCAUAUAUCGUACACCGUCGUACUUCUCAGGUCUGAGUGCACAGUGAGCACAUGAAGAUGCCUAGAAAGUCAGUGUCUCCUGCUGUGGGGUUUCUCCUUAUUUCCAGCAGAUCACCGAACGAGGUAGCGCGGUGUUUAGCACACUGGACUCGCAUUCGGGAGGACAACGGUUGAAACCUGCGUCGAGUCAUCUAGAUUUAGAUUUUGUGUGAUUUUCCUAAAUCGCUCCAUGCAAAUGCCGAGAUGGUUCCUUUGAAAGGGCACACCCAAUUUUCCCCAUCCUUGACACAAUCCGAGCUUGUGCUACGUCUCUAAUGACCUCAAUGUCGACGGGACGCUUAACUCCAUCUUCUUUCCUUCCCUUUCGUGCAGAUCAUACAACUUAACUGUCAUGUGUAUCCUUCUUCAUGACAACUCUCGAUCGCAUGUUGCAAAAAGAUUCGACGAAGACGCUCCUGCGGAGUUUUCGAAGAAGAGUGUUUGGCCACCCACUAAGCAGCACGGACUUGGCUCCCUCUGAUCUUAAUUUUUUUGCUCCCACCAACCGCUGGCUGUGAGGAUAGCAUUUUGGCACAAUUAGCUGCAGAAUAGUGUGGGGAAUCGGUGGAAAUCACUGGUGUCUGCCUUCUAUUAUGAGGGUAUUGGGAAACUGCUACCAAACUACUGAGUCGGAAUGGCUACUAUGUAGAGAAGUAUCUGGAAGGUGAAGCUGAAUGUCGAUUUUCGCGACUUUCGCGAUCACCAAGAGGAUACAAAAGAUAGCCUUCAUGCAACCUGAGGGUACUAUUUACAAUUAAGUUCACGAAAAAUGUUUUCAUUUUACUUUCUCAAAUGUACAAUGCGCAUUUCACGGUACACACGACAUGCUAUUUAUCGUCAAACUCGUUCCAUAUUUUCGUACACGUUGAUGGAGCUACUGCACUGACUUCUGCUGUUAUAAUCUCUCUACAAACUCAGAAACGAGUAGGCAAGUCUUCAUUCUAAUGACGAAGCAACACAGACCCUUCUGCAUCAUACUUUUUCGGUCAGUGGUGACACAGCCCGCAGACACUCAGGGAGACACAAAAAACGUUCAUUCUAUACGGAAUACAGAAAUUGGCUAUGCAAGAAACGCGGUUGUAACGCUUUUCCGGGGAAGACACUACACCCACAAAUAAGUUGCUCGGUCUACAGUUGUUUUAAUAUUGUUGUCUGUCGCUGUUGUGUAUGUAAACUGUUUCUUAUUCUUAAAUUUCGUGUAUGUCUGUGUUGUAAUGUGAACUUGAAAAAUGUUACUAAAAAUAAUUGCAAAACAAUAAAACUAGACGAAAUAAGCUA